UGUAGCAGAGACUUACAGAGUGGGGACGUCCGGCUUCGGAGCGGGAGUGUUCUUUGCGCCAGCAACUAAAAAGAGAAUUAAAUAUGGGUGAUGUUGAGAAAGGCAAGAAGAUUUUUAUUAUGAAGUGUUCCCAGUGCCCCACCGUUGAAAAGGGAGGCAAGCACAAGACUGGGCCAAAUCUCCAUGGUCUCUUCGGGCGGAAGACAGGUCAGGCCCCUGGAUACUCUUACACAGCCGCCAAUAAGAACAAAGGCAUCAUCUGGGGAGAGGAUACACUGGUGGAGUAUUUGGAGAAUCCCAAGAAGUACAUCCCUGGAACAAAAAUGAUCUUUGUCGGCAUUAAGAAGAAGGAAUAAAGGGCAGACUUGAUAGCUUAUCUCAAAAAAGCUACUAAUGAGUAACAAUUGGCCACUGCCUUAUUUAUUACAAAACAGAAAUGUCUCAUGACUUUUUUAUGUGUACCAUUCUUUAACAGAUCUCAUACACCAGAAUUCAGAUCAUGAAUGACUGACAGAAUAUUUUGUUGGGCAGUCCUGAUUUAAAACUAAGACUGGCUUGUGGUUAAAUGAAUAUGUUCAGUUUUUGAAUUUUAAUAGUAACUCCAAUUCAGUAAAUGCUAUCACUGUUUACCCCUUUUAAA